UAUGUCAUUUAUGAUUCAUGGCAUCAUAUGGCAUCGAGUACGUGAGUUAAAAUCGGAUAAGAAUUAAGACGAAGUAGAAGAGUAAAAAAUGGCUUCGUGGAUGAGAGUGGCGUACAAUUGUACCAGAAGAUAUGCCACAGCUAGCCGUGGCCACGGCGCACAAGGCCAUGGCAGUUCAGAGGCGACGGUACUGCUGUGGAAAAGGCUCUCGCUUUUCGUGGGUUUCCCAGCGAUAGGUCUGGCAAUGGUCAAUUGUUACCUGAAUCACGAGGCUCACAAGCACGAGGAGCGAGCAGAGUUUAUACCGUAUGAACACAUGAGAAUUAGAACCAAGCCUUUCCCAUGGGGAGACGGUAAUCAUACUCUUUUCCACAAUAAAAAAGUAAAUCCUUUACCUACCGGUUAUGAAGAUUAGAGGAUAACUGUUGUCCAGUUUGUAAUAUGUACGUAUGUGUUAGUAUCUCUGCAAUAUACAUAUACAGAGCAUUGUCUUGUCAGAGAAGUUCUGUCAAUAAAUUAGUAAAGAUAUAAUAAA